AAUAAUCUGACUGAGUUGCCAACAAGUAUUAACAAGCUGAAAAGGCUUGGAGAGCUGUACUUGGAUGGAAACAAUCUUACUGAAUUACCUGCUGAGAUUGGUGACCUAAAGGAGCUGGUGAGGCUGAGUGUGAGUAACAACCAGUUGGUUGGUUUACCUACCAGUAUUCAAAAGCUGAACAUGCUUAGCUGUCUGUCCUUGAAUGGAAACAAUCUUACUGAAUUACCUGCUGAGAUUGGUGACCUAAAGGAGCUAAACGUGCUCAAUGUGAGUGACAACCAGUUGGUUGGUUUACCUACCAGUAUUCAAAAGCUGAACAUGCUUAGCCGGCUGUCCUUGAAUGGAAACAAUCUUACUGAAUUACCUUCUGAGAUUGGUGACUUAAAGGAGCUAAACAUGCUCAAUGUGAGUAACAACCAGUUGGUUGGUUUACCUACCAGUAUUCAAAAGCUGAACAUGCUUAGCUGGCUGUCCUUGAAUGGAAACAAUCUUACUGAAUUACCUGCUGAGACUGGUGACCUAAAGAAGCUGUGUCACCUGAGUGUGAGUAACAACCAGUUGGUUGGUUUACCAAACAGUAUUCAAAAGCUGAACAGGCUUGAAGGGCUGCACUUGGAAGGAAACAAUUUUACUGAAUUACCUGCUGAGAUUGGUGACCUAAAGGAGCUGUUGGUGCUGAAAGUGAGCAACAACCAGUUGGUUGGUUUACCUACCAGUAUUCAAAAGCUGAACCGGCUUAGAGAGCUGUACUUGGAUGGAAACAAUCUUACUGAAUUACCUGCUGAGAUUGGUGACCUAAAGGAGCUGUUGGUGCUGAAAGUGAGUAACAACCAGUUGGUUGGUUUACCUACCAUUAUUCAAAAGCUGAACCGGCUUAGAGAGCUGUACUUGGAUGGAAACAAUCUUACUGAAUUACCUGCUGAUAUUGGUGACCUAAAGGAGCUGUUGGUGCUGAAAGGGAGUAACAACCAGUUGGUUGGUUUACCUACCAGUAUUCAAAAGCUGAACCGGCUUGAGCGACUGUACUUGGAUGGAAACAAUCUUACUGAAUUGCCUGCUGGGAUUGGUGACCUAAAGGAGCUGAGGAGCCUGAGUGUGAUUGGUAAUCCUUUAACUGUUGAUGCAAUAAAGUUUGCUCUAAAGUUGGAGAAAAGAGGACUGUACACUGAUAUUGCAGGUGAGGACAAAUAAAGGCUAAGUUAAAUUGAACCCUUAUUACAUUAAUAAGAAAUAAACUUCUAAAAAUCUCCCUGAAAAAGAUCAGUCCAGAUUGUAACAUCUAAAUAGCGCCAGGACAUCCAAGGAACCACAGGAGACCCAAGUAUUAGUGUGCUGCUCGACUGACUAGGGCUUGCAGCAAUUUUAGCGAUCAGAGACACGCGCCGUCGAAUCAGUUUGAUGUAAAUUUAAAAAAAAUGUAUGGGGUUUUAGCACAAACAAGUAUUUUCCAUAAACUAAAAGGCCGCAGACUCAUUUUUCUUUUUGAAAACUGUAUUUGACCACACGAAUUAAUAUUUUAUUUUCUCUAUUUAAUCUUGAAAAAUAUUUGAUUCACGCGGCAUUAUUUUUGACUGACUCCUGUGAUCUAAGACCAAAAACAAGGAAUAUCAGUAAGUUCACCUCCUAGUGAAUUAGCCCCCUAUAAGUUCGCCCUCUACUUUCUGAGUUCACCACGCAUUGGCAUACUCGAAAUUCGAGUUAAAUCACGCACUUACAGCAGAUAUUUAUUUAAAUCAUACCUGUCAAUUGGUUUGGGUUAUUGAAGGAAAUCUCUGUAAUCGAACCUGUACUGUAUAGUAGGUCAGCGGCAAUUGGUAUCUCGAAAUCUAAGACCUAAAUGACCUUGAAAAACACUGCAUGAAAACAGAAUCUUCUUACAAGUUCAGUGCUUAAUCAAAGAGUGAAGUUAAAUAAAGUCAAACUCACUGGCUUCCAAAAACAAGUUAAGCGGCACGGGACAAGGAACAAUGACUGAGUCCUAAUCAUGAUAUCAAUGAAAAUUCAAUGAAACAUUUACAACAGCAAGUUGCCAAGUUGAGAGUGAUUUGUUGAAAGCUAACGAAUGUAUAGCUUUGCGAAGUCGCUAAAUUUUACAGACGUAAAAUACUUUGUCUGACUAAUGGAUAGUUUCAUUUAAUUGCCUUAAAUGUUAAACUUCGAUCUUGAAUAAAGCAUGUUUCCAGGUCUGGUAGUUACUGUGACUUUCAGGAAACGGCCCUCUGAGAGAGUUCACCUUUCACCGUAACCAAGAAACAAUCAACUUAAUUCCUGCUGACAAAAAAAAACUUACGCCUGCAGUCAAAUGAAAGCUAGUAACUUUUAUACGUAUACUAUUCUAUAAUUUUAUUUAUUUCUACAUUUUAUUGCAUAUACGUACCUUUUUUGUAAUGAAUUUUUGAGUGCCUUUUAAAUUAAAGUAUGUUUUAUUUUUAAUAUUUAAUUGAUAAGUUAUUUAUUUUUAUUGCGCAUUUGAUUAUAUGUAAUCUACAUAGAAACAUGGAUGUACACUAAAAUAUUGACUUUCAGAUAGGCUGAAAGUACCCACAUUAGCUAGAAAGUGUGACAUUUUACAUUGUUUACAUUGGCGCCCUGUGAUGCUGUGAUGCAGAUAGUCGGACGGUGCGACGGGUAGACGUACGGUCACGUGACUACCAAAAUUCCUCUGCUAUAAUUCUCUGCUUGUAGCAGCUCUCCUAACCCUAAAUGUCAAUUGGUUCGGUACCCUAACUGUGAAAUAAUGGGAAAUAAUGAUAAACAAUGAUGUGUUUUUGAUUUCUGCAACCAAUGAGGAAACACCUUACGAGCAGCUCCUACAUUUACUGUUUAGUUCUAAUAUUGAAAAUCAGACAAUUAAGAAGAAAGAAGCAAGCACUAAAAAUCUUGGGACAAAAGUAUUUGUUCUCAUUGAAAACUAAAACAUUCAAACCAAAAGAUAACUGGCAGUUUAUAAUAGUUAAGUUUUUUUUGAAAACCUCAAAUCAAAAUUAAACUGCACAAAGUUAGCUACUUUGUGUUACUUAUACUAAAGGCGAUGAAUUACAUGUAAAUAAAACAAGAUCAAGAAAAAGCGAAGCAGCAUUUGUUAAUGCCCAUCCAUGAAAAUCAUAUGUUUAAUGUAAAUGAAAUCAUGCAACUUGAUAAAACAAAACUUAAACUGCAUUAAUUUGGAAGAAGGAGAAAUCUAACACCAGAAAGCUCAGAAAAAAUUCCGAUCAACAGACUAGAAUCGAACUCACGACCCUCCAAAGGUAACGAUAAAAAGUAACUUUCAAUUCACUUACCUUCUAUGGUAAGAUUUCUUUAAUUAUGUUCUUGAUUGUUAGCAUUAAUCUGAGUAGCAGCUGCUAGUAGUCGGUAAACACUGAAUCAUAUUGAGAACAUUACUGUGGGUAAAAAGACCAUCAAGACUAAACAAGUACAUUGCAGUGCGGACACUCGAACCGGGACACUUGGAAGAAGAUCGUCCAAUCACAACGUUUUCUCAAAAUAAAAGAUUCUCAAGUGUUUUUGCAGACGGACCAAUAAAAUGGAUGUUGUUGCACGGCCCGUAUGCAAAAAAACUCGAGCAUCUUGUUUUCAGAAAACGUUGUGAUUGGACAAUCUUCUUCCAAGUGUCCCGGUUUGAGUGUCCGCUCUGUAAGUUUGAACAAAGCAUGCAGAUUUGCAGUUGUAUUUGCUCAUAACGGGAUUAGUGAGUUGUGAAACUGUGCCUCCAUGAUCUGCGGGUUACCGGUUGGUUCUAAUAAACAAAGACUGACGUGACAAGUAAAACAACACAUUUACAAAGGUUAAGUUUGACACAUGAUUUUAAAAUUUUGUAUUCUUUGUAGCUCCCAAGGAAAUAGAAGCCCGAGGAGAAAGAGCGCAGCUUGUGUAUCAACGUGCUCUUAGAGAUGGAGCUGUUAGUGUUCAGCGUUCUCGGAUAUUGCUUAUUGGUCAGGAUAGGGCAGGAAAAACAAGCUUGAAAAAAUCUCUCAUUGGUCUGCCAUUCAAUCGCAACGAAAAUAGUACUGAAGGAAUUGAAGUGGAUCCGUCAAUCUUCCAAGUGCAUGCCGACGAGGUUAAGAACUGGCAGCCCAUUGAUAAGAGUGAACGAGGGUUGUUGGGUUGUUCUAACGAGGUGGCACAGAUGGUGGUGGAAAAGCUUUGGUUUGGGGAGGAGAAAGAAGAUGCAGAAAUAUACGACAGUGACCGCCUUAAAAAUGAAAAUUACAGGAGUGGAACAAAGGCGGAUGAUGCAGAUGGUGGAAAGACAGACGAUUCAUUUGUGAACCAGGUUUGUUUCCAGUUAAAUCUUGGCUUUUGUAUUGUACUUUACUUAUAG